AGCGAGAGGAUUAUUCCUUUUAUAAGGAGUAUGGGACUGAUAGAUGCCCCGAUUUCAACGACAAACCUUAGGCGGGACGACGAUAUUUGAUGGAUUGGGACAAAUGUCAUCGGUCAGGGGAUAACGACGCAGUAAUAGAGGAGAUGCAAGAGAAGAUGAAGGAAAUGACUAGGCAAAUAGCAAAUUUCGAAACAAAGGUCGGAACCACGUACCGGGACAAGCCUGGAUCCCCCUACUCUCUGCGAUGGGAUCGUCGGAAUACCGACCCGUGGAGGAGCGUCGAACACCUUAACCCUCGCACGUUAGCUGAUUAUCGCGCGAGGGAAAGAGAUGAAGAUGAACAGAGACGAAGAGACGAGGAGGAUCGUAGACGUAGGGACGAGGAGGAUCGAAGGCGCAGAGAAGAAGACGAUCGAAAACGUAGAGAGGACGAAGAGCGGAGGUGCAGGGAUGAUAAUAUAGACCGAGACCGGCGGCGUGAUGGGUAUCGAGGGGGAGAUUCUUACGGUCGAGGAGACAGAGCCGAGCAGUAUCCGCACAGUCCCAGAGACCAGUACCCGCACAGUCCCAGAUACGGUGGGGGUGCCGAAGGGUACCGGAGCCUGGACAACUUUAACUCGAGGGAUAGAGAGGACUCCCGCGGUCGAUGGGAGUCGGAUAGGGACCGCCGAGAUGGAUAUCGAAGCGGAUACGAGCGGAACGAGGCCCUGGCGGUUCGAUCGGGAUUAGACCUGUAUAGGUCGUACCAAUUUGAGAUAGAUACCGCUGAUGGGAGGAAGCAGAGGGUCGCUGGAGUUUGUCACAAGGCAACAAUCGAGGUCGAAGGACUGAGAGUGACGAUGCCCGUUUUCGCAGUUCGGGAUUGCAGCGCAGAGUUAUUAUUGGGACGGACAUGGCUAAGUCACGUCCAUGCUGUUACUAUAGAACGGCCGGAUGGAAGCCAUAUGCUUUCCAUCAAGCGUCCAGAUGGUGGGCGGAUCAUGAUGGAGACGGUAGAGCCUCGGGAUCCGAGGAAUAGAGCGGUUCUCGCCGCAGGGAGCCGUGUACCAGUUGCCCUUGCGAGUCGAUCACUAAUCUUUCGCGAAAAGAAGUAUGGACCUCUGCUUACAGAAGAAGAAGGUCAGAUAGUCGAAGUCGAAGAUUUAGGGACUCGGAAGGUUAAGCCGGCGGCUGUAGCACGAGAGCGAUCCGCGUUGGAUGGAUUAUCUGAAGAAGAGAUCGUUAGAGAGAUUAAAGAAAAGAAGAGGAAGGAGCCGCAACGGCUGACAGAAAAGAGGAUAGCGGAGAUGGACAUAGGCGAUGAGAAUCUAACUCAACCGGAGAAAGAGCGAGUGUUGGAAGUCCUUAAGUCUUGCGACAAAGCCAUAACAUUCAGUGAUGCGGAGAGAGGAAGGAUUGAUCCUAGAUGUGCUAAGCCGGCAAGAAUCUACAUGAUUCCGCAUACGCUGUGGAAUGACGCAGGGUGGAAGUUUGCUCAGAAAGAGAAGGAAGAGGUGAUCUCCCUUCUCAAAGAGAAGAUGACAUCUCACGUAGUUGAACCAUGUGAUAGCACGUACGCGAAUAGAUGGUUCUUCUUAAGGAAGCCUAACGAAAAGAUUCGGUGGAUUCAAGACCUUCAGAAGGUAAAUGCGGUAGCAAUUCGAGAUGUUGGCUCCGUACCUCUUGCUGAUCUACUAGCAGAGAGAGCGGCAGGCAGAUCCAUUUAUUAUGUCUCUGAUUUAUUUUCAGGAUAUGACGAGAUACCACUAGAUCCGAGAGAUAGGCAUCUCACAGCCAUGCACACGCCGCUCGGAUUAGUGCAGAUGAUGGUCGUUCCGAUGGGAUGGACCAAUGGGGUAGCGGUCUUUCAAAGAGCCAUGGUAGCGGUUCUGAAAGACUUUAUCCCAGAUAAAGUAGAAGUUUUCCUGGACGACUUUCCGAUAAAAGGACCGGUGUUGAAAGAUGAGACGGAAGUCGCUCCUGGAGUCAGGAGGUUCGUAGAGCAACACAUGACGGACAUUUACGCUAUUUUGGAACAACAAGAUGAAGCUAACCUGACGGUUAGCGGGACAAAGAGUCGAUGGGUCGUAUCGACGAUUAAAAUUCUAGUGUUUAUAUGCGAUGCGAAAGGCCGACGCCCCGACCCUGGGAAGCUGGAGAAGUUGUUGAAUUGGCCGACUCCAUUGCACGGUGCAACUGAAGUUCGCCAGUUUUUAGGUGUUGUUGGUUAUUGGCAGAUCUUCAUACGCGGAUAUGCGGAGAAGGCAGAGCCUCUGCGCACACUUCUUAGGAAGACUGAGAAGUUCUACUGGGAUUUUUCUCAAGAGCUUGGAGUGCAAUCCCUCAAGGAAGAGUUUAAGGAAGGCGGCCGAAUUCUAGGUGUGCCAUUCUUUGAGGACGAGACAGACAGACCGUUCAUAGUAUCUACGGAUGCUGGGCCGUGUUCGGUUGGGGGAUUGCUCUCUCAAAAGGACGCUGACGGCAAGGAAAGACCAUUGAGGUUCGAGAGCCGAACACUCAAUACUGCAGAACGUAAUUACACUCAAUUUAAGAAGGAAGUGUUAGCUGUUCUACGGUGCUUAGAUACCUUCAGGCAUUACAUAUACGGGAGACGAUUUGUUCUUAGGGUAGACCCUACGGCUGUAGCAUCAGUCCUACAGAAGGAUUUCAGUUUGACGGAUCCUACGAUUGCGCUAUGGCUGAUCAGGAUUCGACUUUAUGAUUAUACUGUAGAGAGGAUUUCCGAGGCGAAGAACGCUGUAGCCGAUGGACUUUCACGAAUUCCCAUCGAGGCAGAGCGACGAAUAUCGGUUGCUGCACUAACUAUGACCGAGCUUAGACGAACGGAUCGUUUCCUAGUAAAUCUUUAUGAAGGUAAAUACCGCACUAUAGGAUUGCACCUAUCGGGCGUGGAGAGUUCCGAAUCGGAGAUCAUGAGACAGGCAGCACAGUAUUGCCUUAGAGUUGGGCAUCUGUUCCGACAACCUGUGGGAGCUGGGAUGCCUCUUCGGGUAGUCUGCGAUCCAGAGGAGAAACAGUCCAUAGUAGCAGAGCUACAUGACGGGGUGGUUGGGGGACAUAGAGGAGUGAAAGGUACGUAUGAGAAGGUUCGCCGGCUAUACUGGUGGGAAGAAUAGUACAAGGACGUUGAAAAGUACUGCGAGACUUGUGAG